CUUGGCGCGGGAUUUAUUGGCGAUGUUGACAUUGCUGAUGCCAUUCGUAAUAAUGCUGCUCUUAUGCACAAAAUCAAACUGGUGGUUCUGGGUCUCGAAGGGGUAGCCAUUUCAUGGACUGGCGGUUUCUACUUCCAAAUUAGCCAUGAUAUCCGCACUCUCAUGGAUAUUGCGGCAUCGGUAUUUUUUGGCUACAUUAAAGACAUUUCGUUUGUGGAGACUGGCCAUAGCAUGUUCUCCACUUGUGUGCCACCCGUUGGGUUUUGCGAAAUCACCCAUUUUUCAUUAAUCGGCCGAUAUGGACACACGCGCUUUGUUAAAUGCAUCCGUCGUAGCGCCUCGUCUCUCCGAUUUCUGAGUGUUUCUCACUUAUCCAAGCAAAAUGCGUUUGCAAUACUGCACAACGAUCGAGGCGUCCCAUCGUGUUACAAUAAAUUGGAGGAUAUUAUGUUUUACGAGUUGGGCUAUGCAGCCGAUGUAUUUGAGCCAGACGCGGCGACAAUGGCGACUGUUCGUUUGAUGGCGCCCUCCAGCUUUCUCAAGUCGAUUACGUUCAAUGGCCCGUACCCAUACAUUGACAAUGUCUUGUUCAAAGGCAACUCCAGGACAUUGGAAAAACUGCAUCUGACCAUAGAUCUCGACUUCAUUAGCAUUGCUGACAAGCACAGGAUCUUCACACGUAGCCAGCUCGUUUGUCUUCAGUCCAUCCAGCUGUAUAACUGUGUUCCUCGUAUUUUUAUGCUAGGGUCAUUGAAAAGGGAACUUGAAACACAAUGGUCUAUUUUUACGACUACACAGUCGUCAAUUUCGGUCUGCGAUGUUCAGCUCUACGGAUACUCAAAUUUUGAAUUGUUGUUGAGCGCAAUUGAUAACGGCCUCGUGUUCAGCUGGGUGCAGUCGAUCAAGAUCCCUGAUUGCCUUUUGAGUUUUUCAGGUAUUGUUCAGGUCAUUAGAAGCGUGCGUUAUUUGCGUGUUCUGCAUUGCUCGCUUUUGACUGAGUGGCCCUGCGUAGACGGAGUAGAGGCCACGGAGCUAGUUUGGCAUAUUGAGGCUUUUGGCGAUGAUUUUGGCCGGUACUUUUACUUGCUGGCUAUCCACAACGAAAUGCCUUUUUGGUGACCAAUUAAAGCCUUGAUUGCCUCGC